AUGGGUGACAUUGCACACCCUCCCAUGGAGCAGCUUCAGGACCUUGAGUACUGCAUUGAUUCUAAUCCUCCAUGGCCUGAAACCAUUUUGUUAGCAUUUCAGAACUACAUUUUAGUGCUUGGCACAAGUGUGAUGAUUCCCACAGUGCUUGUCCCUACGAUGGGUGGAUCUGAUGGGGAUAAAGCACGAGUUAUUCAGACAUUGCUUUUUGUAGCUGGCAUCAACACCCUUCUUCAGGCCCUCUUUGGGACCAGGUUACCUGCUGUUGUUGGAGGGUCCUUUGCUUAUCUUGUUCCCAUAGCAUAUAUUAUUAAUGACUCGCAAUUGCAACGGAUUGAUGAGCCUCAUGUAAGAUUUACACAAACUAUGAGAGCUAUCCAAGGAGCUCUUAUUGUUGCUGCGAGUAUACAAAUAAUUCUGGGGUACAGCCAAGUGUGGGGUCUCUUUUCACGCUUCUUCAGUCCCCUUGGAAUGGCACCUGUCGUUGGAUUAGUUGGUUUGGGCUUAUUUCAACGAGGAUUUCCAGCACUAGGUAACUGUGUAGAAAUUGGUUUGCCAAUGCUUUUCUUGGUUAUCGCCUUGUCACAAUAUCUGAAGCAUGUUAAGCCACUGAGGGACUUCCCCAUAUUUGAACGGUUUCCUGUAUUGAUCUGCGUCUCCAUUAUUUGGAUAUACUCCCUCAUACUAACAGCUAGUGGAGCUUACCGUGGCAAACCGAGUGAAACUCAAGUCAGUUGCCGUACAGACAGGGCAAAUCUUAUAUCCACAGCUCCAUGGUUCAAGUUCCCGUAUCCUCUGCAGUGGGGCCCACCUACGUUUGCGGCAGGUCAUUCCUUUGCCAUGAUGUCUGCUGUUCUUGUCUCAAUGGUUGAGUCCACUGGAGCAUACAAAGCAGCAUCUCGUCUGGCAAUUGCCACCCCACCUCCAGCCUAUGUACUGAGUCGAGGCAUUGGUUGGCAGGGGAUAGGCAUUUUGCUCGAUGGUCUUUUUGGGACACUCACGGGUUCUACAGUAUCCGUGGAAAAUGUGGGGCUCCUUGGACUAACUCGAGUUGGAAGCCGGAGAGUUGUUCAGAUUUCCGCUGGCUUCAUGAUUUUCUUUUCUAUCUUAGGGAAAUUUGGAGCCGUUUUCGCAUCUAUACCAUUUCCGAUAUUUGCUGCAUUAUACUGUGUCCUAUUUGGCCUUGUAGGAUCUGUCGGUUUAUCGUUUCUUCAAUUUACUAAUAUGAACUCCAUGAGAAACCUCUUUAUUACUGGUCUUUCCCUCUUUCUUGGGAUCUCGAUUCCUCAAUUUUUUGACGAAUAUUGGGUUCUUCCCCGUCGUGGACUGGUUCACACUAAUGCUGGAUGGUUCAACGCGUUCUUGAACACCAUAUUCAUGUCCCCUCCCACGGUUGGGUUGAUCAUCGCUGUUUUCCUCGACAACACAAUAGAAGUGGAGAAGUCUAAGAAAGACCGGGGGAUGCCGUGGUGGGUGAAGUUCAGGACGUUCAGAGGCGACAACCGGAACGAAGAAUUCUACACGUUGCCGUUUAACCUAAACAGAUUCUUCCCGCCAACAUAGCUGUUUGAAAUGAAGCUAUUUUUCUUAGGUUUAUUUUGAAAACAAUUAUUGAGCUAAUUAACAUGGUUAGAUUUGAGUUCAUUGAGGCUAAAUUUCCUACAUAUAUAUAUGUGAAAAAGUGACUAAACUUAGUGCAGGCUAAUAUUGUUCAUUUCUUCAAAAUCAUUCAAUUUUUUGGAGGGAGGGUCAAGAACCUGGAAGGAGUCUGGACCCUCUAAUCAAUGCUGUAGGGCUUUCUUUAACUUUGAUGAGAUAAUGGAAAAUAAGGUAUCUUUUGUGUG